CACCCCGAUAGCCGGACCAGUGCUUCCAUACCACUGUGAGUACUACUGAGUACUCCUAUAGGUACAGACAAUGGCCCCUGCAAGCACUUUCACGCCGAAGGCGUCGCUAUGCGACUCUCCUACCAACCUCAAGGAAGCCAUUGACUGGGUCCUCAGGGUAACUGGUAGGGAUGGAAAGGCACUGAACAAGGACAAUGGAGAAUGCAUAUGUGGCUUGGCGGCGGCAGUGACUGACCUACUGCAGUCAGUAGAAAUCGAGUACAAUGGCUAUCAAGGCGAUGUCAAAGACAGUGCUACCACCAACAAAGGCGCCACCAAAGAAGAAGUAACUAACCACCUCAACGAGCUAUUCUCCCUGGUCCAGGGACUAGGUGGUACUGCAGUGGUACGGACCUAUAUAGACCAGCUGGCACAAGUACUCAGUGCACUAGUUGGGUGGAGUAAGAUAGUGAAGUGUGAGAAUGGUGGCAAGUGCAAGACGGUUCAUAGCAGCGAUCUCAAUGGCAAUCCACACGGAAGUGAUGGCUGCAAGUAUCUAGAGGAUAAAGACUCGGAGAACAAGUGUGACGACUGUGGGUGCAUGAAAUGGAAAGUAUUCAAGGACAUCGAUUGGGUACAACUGGGCAGGGGGUGUACAAGGUGUAAGGGUAGUGGUAGUGAAGAAGAGGCGAAGAAGAAACCGUGUGGGUGUAGUACUGGUGGCAGUGACUCCUGUAGUGCUGGAAAGGAGUGUAAAUGCGCUAAAGAAGGCAAAUGCUGCAAGUGUUGUUGUACGGGUUGUAGGGGGAAGUGUAAUGAAAAGGCAAAGUGUAGUUGUAUCGAAGAGGGAAAAAAUUUUGGCCAUGAUGAAUACCAUAAAGACAGCUAUAGGUCGGCGUACCCUAGUGGGACAGUUUACACAAGAGACUCAUUUGUUGAAUCCAAGCAGGUAGAUGUCAAACCAUACUGGAAUGAUCUUACCAAUAGUCCUGAUCGUAACCACUGUGCCCGUAUCCUUCUAGGAUCAGUAUGUCUCAUUUGGAGUGGCAUUACCUACAUGCAUUGGACAGGCAAGUAUGAAAAAACCAGCCCCCGGUGGAACAACCACAUCCUGGAUGGCUCUGGUCUAGAUGACGGUACCCUGUCCCAAUGGCUACAGGCCCUAGGGUUUCCUAAAGAUAUGCUGAAUGACAAAGGGCCGAAAAAUAGAUUAGAUCAGGUCAUAUGGGAUGGGUUUAUGGGACGACUGUUUCUAGGGUUUACCCACCCUAGUGGCAGUGGUGCCGUUGACGGUAAUACAGCAAAACAACCGUACCAUAUGAACUAUGCCGGAUUUGUGCAUACUGCACAUAGGGAUUCAUUCAAUAAUGAAGCUAGAGUAUUCCCUAAUGGCAGUGGCUCUAGUACCACUGGCCAAAUCAGUGACACUAACCAGCACAAGAUUGGUGCCAUUUUCAAGCUCUAUAUUCUAUCAUGUGCCUAUUUUACUGGGUUACAGAAGAAGACUACUCACAGUACCCCUAGGAAUCCCAAGACAAUCCGUGAGAUCCUCUACUGGCUUAGUGCAUUGCCCUAUAGUCAGGCCUAUAAGGAUAUGCUAGGUUACGCUAAGGAAAGACUAGCAGAAGUACUCAAGAAACCCGGAGACAAUGCAUCCACGACCGAGCAGUCCGAACUGAAAUUCCACCAAACAGGCCGUUGGCAUCCCAUUACAGUUCAUCAAUAUAACCUAUUUGCCCACUUCCAAGCAGUGACUCAGUACUGCCCACUGGUGCUCAUAGGUAUCCAGGGUGGCAUACACAGUGCCACUAAAGGCACUGACAGGACUAUGGAACCUGCCAUUCACUCUCUAUACUCCAACACUGAAUGCCACUUCACCUACCCAGCAGUUGAUAUCCAAGCAUACAACCAGGUGGUACACUACAUUAGGGCUCUGUUCUAUCAGUUGUAUUUCCUUAGGAAGCAAUGUGCAGUUAAAGUGGCUCUAGGAGGGAAAUGGCGUGAGUGUAGGUAUGGCAAUGGAGUAGAGUCAAAGGGGGUAAUCAGCUGGAUGUGCCUGGGGUGUAGCCCCAUGGAACAUGAUAGGAAAUGUAGGGUAGAGGAUUUGAAGAAAUGUUUAGUGGGGGUAACAAGUGGAACAGGUAAAAAGGAAGUGUUGGAGAAGGUAAAAGAUUUACUGGAGAAGAUUGGUGAAGUGGUGGUACAAUUGGGUAAUGCCCAGGAGAGGUUGGAUAGGGGAAAGUCAGAUCUACAGGGAGUGAGGCAGGCACUAAAGAAUGUAUUUGAUGGGGUGAAUGGUGGGGAUCCAUUCAGGACUGUACUACAGAAUGUACUAGGGAAAUUGGCGGAGGAGAAGGUGAAGGGACUAGAGGAUAGUGGACUAGAGGGGGUGACUAAACUAAAGGAGGCUGCUACGAAGGCUAAGGCGGCACUACAGGAGGCUAAAGAGGCAGUAGGAAGUGGUAGUGGUGAUAUUGAUCCAUGUAAGAAUGCAGUGAGUGCUGCUAUCCACGGGUUUCAUCAGGUAUUGGAGGCAUUGAAGGAUUGGUGUAAUAAAAUAAAUGCAAACGUUUGCCGACACAAUAUAAAAGACGCCAUUAUAAAUGCCAUCGACCAGCUCAUCUCCAUCUGCAACUCUCCCAAGUGCAGUGCAUGUGACUCACACUCCAAGAAGUGUGGCAAACAGCCAGUGUCCAAGUACUGUGACAAAUGCCACCAACAAUACAUGGACGGCACACCAUCCCCCCUCCAGGCAUUCCUCGAGGACAGGCUACCAGGUUUUAGUUGUAAAGAGGUGGUGGACGAUGACACAGAUAAAGACACAGUGUAUCCCUCCGCUGCAUCCCACCUAGACCACUGUAAUGGCUCCGGCCAGUGCUGUCCACUGCCAAUGGGUUUCAGAAAUCAAUUCUAUAGUGGCAGUACCACUGAUAGUACCGGCAAACGCCUUUACGGCAUCCUGUACUUCUUUAGUAAUGAGAACAUGAUGCAGUCGUGUGUUUAUACACUGGUGAGGGUGACAGCAGCACUCAGUGCCACUACACCACAGGUACUGGGUGACGUAUUCGGGUUCUUUAGGGGUGGAAUAGGGGAGAAGGAACAAGGAAAGAACAAGAAUGAUAGGGAAGUGCCAUGUGGGCACACCAAGGACCCGUCUACAAAAGGAGAAAAUGACUACUACUGCGGCUGGUGUGCCUCUGGGUUACGUGAAGAAGUAAAAAAGAUAGAGUGGAUACCAAAGGGGUCGGACGCAGGAGGACAGUACAUGAAGACUGUCGGUGAUGCUCUGAUUAAUAUUAAAGGCGAGAAGGACGCUACCAGUGACUCUCCACAGUCCAAUAAUACAUCCCUAUCACGACUCACUAAGAACUGCCAGUACCUCUCCCCCUUAACCGGUGAACUCUAUACCGCAGUGAGUGCCACCUUCGGUGGAACAUACCUCUCAUGGGUACUAUAUCUAUCAGAUGCGCUUCAUUCAGGACUAGAGUCACUGUCUGACGCAUUCAAGCAGAUUGAAUGCCGUGGAUGCAAAGUCUGCGACCCCAAUAAGUGCAAGAAGGGAGCCCAUGGUGACAAUGGCGGUGGACAGUGUGGAUGCCAAUCAAUCGUAUCAUGUACCGGGGUAUUACCAGUGUUGUAUAGACAUGGCUUCAGUUACGGUAACCCAUUCAAUCUGGAGGGGUUCCACCAGAGGGAUGGGAAGACGGAUGGACAGUAUGACAUCGUGAAGGCCGGCGGUACUAAACGGUGUCAUGAGUUCUUGGACAGUCUUCAGGAUGUGAUCGAGAACCAGCAGGACACAUCUAAGGUCGCCUCUCAGAAUCAUCCACUGACAGAGCUCCUAAAGCAAGUCGGCCAGCUCCAAUACGACAUACGGCUCCCGUGGAUCUUUGUACUGACCUUAGCCUGGCUAGUGGCGGUACUGUACCUUGCCUUUGGUGCCAUAUGGCCACUGGACUGGACACAUAUGAGGUCACAUUGGUUACGGGGUGGAGCACACCAGUGGCAGUCUAUGUGGUAUAAGGUGAUGACGGGACGCAAAGGAAUGGAACUGGUGGAGUAUUUUGGUAGGAGGUAGUGGCAAAGUAGUGGCGCCUUCGGCGCAACAGUGAUAUAAUGUGGUAGUUAGUAUCGGGGGUAGUAAUGUGGAGCAGUCUAGUGGUAGAGUU